UACUUCUUUUUAGGACACCCAGUUAGGAACUCGAGAAAUAACAGAAGCCACUGCAAGAAGAAGGCAAGAAGCGGGCGAUAGAAUCAGAUCCAUGGAGCUCGAGGCUGCCAUGCCGGUGCCGAGGAGUGACGGCAGGAAGCUGGCGAGGUGCCCGAGGCUGCAGAUGGACACCAAGACGGUCACUGCCAUCGAGCAGUCCACGGGGGCGGCCGUCGCCGACGCCGACGCCCACGUCGCUGCCGCAGGGGACGGCACCGGCGGAGGGAUGCGCGUCAAGAUCGUCCUGAGCAAGCAGCAGCUGAAGCAGGUGGCCGCGGCCGUCGCCGGAGGCGGCGCCUUCGCGCUUCCGCCGGCGCUGGAGCAGCUCGUCAGCGUGCUCAAGCGGCAGCACGCGAAGAAGCAGGCGGCAGCGGCCGAGGUGGCCAUCGGAAGGCGCCGCUGCCGGUGGUCGCCGGCGUUGCACAGCAUUCCGGAGGAAUGCUUUAGCUAGCCACCUAAGUACGUGUAGUCGAUUCGCAGCAUGUAUAGCUUCUGUGACCAAUAUCUCUUCUUUUUUGGCGAUAUUCCCUCCCUUCCUAGGCUGCAACCAAUCGAUCUAUAGUUGGGCCAAAGUUAGUGUGUGCCCAAUGGUUGCAUCCCAACUUUGAAAUGUCAUCUAUUUUAAUCUGGCAUUUGGACUCAAAUUUUCCUCUGUUCCUGGUUCGAUGCAUGUACUAUGCAUAUCUCUGGACGAAUACUACUCUUCAAUAAAGAAGAUGAGCUGGUAAAAGGA